GGAAGAUCUCCAUAUCAGCUAAAAGAAGGUUGUUGCAGUACGCUUCAGCUCUGCAUUUUCAGUUGGAGGAGACACACCGAUUUUUCCAUUUUGGUGGAGCAGCAUUGUCCGGCAUGCGCAACACUGGAAAGAGGGGAGAGAAGAAAACCAGAAGAAGAGAGAAAGAAGAGCGGUUGUGUGGUGUGUCUCGCGAAGUGUAAUGUGGUUAAGAUCAUAUUUCUUUGCCAUGGAAAUCCCAACACAAGAAAUCAAACAACCAUAGUCACAGUCCACACCUUCUUCAAGCUUUUGUAUCUCUGCCACAACACCAAUCUCUCUGCGAACCAUGGACCAAAGCACAUUGGGUGUUAUUCCCUUCUCCGGAAGUUGAUUGUGAAGUUUUCCCUAGACUCAGCGGUGCCCCUUUUCAACAAACUCAGUUCACGACAGCAUUGUUGGGUUUGAGGAAAAGGUUCGUGGUGGUCUGGGCGGUGGGUUCCCUUCUCCUGAGGCCAUCUCCGUGCAUAGGCAGAGGGUGGUGUUGCGCCGUCGGUUCUAUUAUUCAUAAUUUGGAGGUAGGUUGUGGAGAUAAAGUUCAUGUUGUUGUGACGGAAACAUUGGAAGCUGCUUCAAUGGGUUCUAUGUGCGAUAAUUAUGGAGACUUUAACAUUGAAGAAAUACUAAGUGAGCAUCACACUUUGAAGAAAAUCAAUGCAGAGUUGGAGGGACGAAUUGCCAAACUUGAAUCAGAAGUAAAUUUGUUAAAAGAACUUGUUAGAGGUGGAAGUUGUGUAAUUGCAGCAGAACAUGAUCCUUCCGUUGAGGUAGAAGGAGUGGAAAAAAUAAAAUCUUUCAAUAUAGAUGCUAUGAGUUGUUCUAUGUCUGGUUCGAUGUUGAAGAAAUUGUACUUGAGAUUGUACAAUUUUUGUGUUCAAAGAUGUUCAUUAACUGAGGGAAAGCGAGUACUGGUGAGUAUGUAUGAUGGGUAUUUGGAGCGUAAUAAUUUGCAGUCACUGAAGUCAAGGAAUUGGGUUGAUAAUAUGGUUGUGUACUUUGCUGCAAAAUUCUUCAUGGCAAAUGAGUUAGAAAAAGGUGUAGGAAUUAAGCGUUAUAUUUUUACACCACGUUUUUCGGAUAUUGUUGUGGCCAAGGUUGGAUGCUUGGGAACAAAGUCUGUAGGCAAAUGGACAAUGAAGGAGUUUAGUUGCUUGGCCACGAAUAGAAACACUCCAAUUAGUUUAAUUUGUGGUUGUGAUUUGGUCUUUGUACCCACCAUAUUGAAUAAACAUUGGUAUUGCUACGUGCUUCAUUUGGAGGAUAGAAAAAUAUUUGUGUUGGACUCCUGUCGUGAUACUUCAACCGAACGAGAACGUGUGGACGAGGCAAUGAAAGAAAAACUUCAAGAACUUUUUCGUUUGUUGUUGCCAACAAGGACAAUUGUCGAUGCUGAUUUUGAACUUAUAUAUGAUCCGCUCCCUCAACAAAGAAUGAUGUGUGAUUGUGGUAUAUAUUUGCUCAAGUACAUGGAGUUGUGGGAUGGAAUCAUGAGUUGGGAUGGAAUGCACAUGCCCGACUUUACUGUGGAUGAAAUUCAACAGUUUCGUAGGGGACUUGUCUGUCAAUGGGUCUUGCAUCCAUUAAAUGAACACAAGACAACUACUUUGAUGUCAACAAACUUGGUAGAAGAUUUGUAUUAUGAUGAACAAUUUGCAUUAUGAUGCACUUAUGAGUCUGAUUAGGGGAUUUAGUAUGAUCGGAGUACGAAUAGCAUGCUCACAAGAAGAAGAAUGUCGUUAGUUGUGUUGUAAUUGUGGUUGUCUAACAAAAAUAACAAGUCAGAGUAUUGUGCGUGUUGUGAUGCACAAUUUGUAGCAGGGUCAAAUGUGGUAAUAUUCAGCCUUGAUUAUGAUGUUCCAACCUUGUAUUAGGUUCAUAUGUUUGUGUUUGUUGAUAACGAGGGUUGUAAGAUUUCAUCACAAGUUAGACAAAUUUUUGUAGUUUUACUUGAUGUGGUUUUUGUAUUUGUGAUUAAGCAUUAAUGGUAUUUAUAGAGGUUAGCUGGAGGGACUAUUUUUGGGAUGUUCCAAUCGAAA